AAUAUAUGUCAACAAGUCAUCAACAAUAGAUUAUUUCUGCUCCAAAAACGAUUUUAGAAAGUAAAAAAAAAAUUUUGAUGACUGAUUCGUAAAACAAAAUAGCUCUAAUUGUUAUCGUUAUAAUUAGAGCGUCAUCAAGGGUUUAAUUACUACUUUCAUUACCUUCUUAUAACCUCAAAAAUAACGGCGAAAAAUGGACGUUGAUAUCCUGAAGGACUGGAGUGCCUAUGCGAAGGAAUAUGAUCCCCUGAAAGCCGGCAGCAUUGACAGCACCGACACAGUACCCCACGAUAAAGCAAUUACCAGAGCAAUUAACUCGCAUUACGAGCCCCCUAAAGGCUUGAAAGCUAAUCCAUCUAGAACACUAUUUGUCGCACGAUUUGGAGCAAAAAUUGAUGAACGAGAGUUGAAUGAUUAUUUUUCGACUGUCGGCGACGUAAAAUCCGUGAAAAUAAUCCUCGAUGUAGUAACGGGAGAGUCGCAGGGCUACGGUUUCGUCGAGAUGUCUAGUGAAGAAGAAGCACGAAGAGCUGUCAGACGAUUAAAUGAGGGCAAUUUACGUGGGUCUAAGAUUUUCGUCGACCACGAGUGUGGGAGAACGAUGAAAGGCUGGAAACCGAGACGAUUGGGUGGCGGCUUCGGAGGAAAGAAGGGGUCGGGCCAAUUGAGAUUUGGAGGAAGAGAUCGACCGUUUAAAAGGCCUAUACUACCGAGCAUCAGAAAAUAGCAGUGAUACAUUGAAUCCACUGAAAACAAAUGAGACUUAUUGACUUAUGCCACAACAACGGAAAUCUGUAAUUUCUUCAAAUCAUUUCAAUUAAUUGUCGCCUUUUAAAAAUUUGUUGUUAUAUUGUUUCAACUGAUGUAUCUUAAUAUGUUUAUCAAGA